GCCGCCCUCCUUUACGGAACGUUAACCAACAACACGUUCUCAUCAUAUUCCUCUUUACCUCCAACGCAAACGUUAACAGCCGUCCCAAUUCACAAACUCCCAACUUUAUCUUCUUUCCAUCAUUUCUAAACACAUAUUCAUCAACAUUCUUUCCCAUUCAUUGAUUCUAGUUCAUCUUUCUCAAUCAACUGCACCUAUAAUCCAUUAUUGUGGAUUUUGAAGUUGUUCAUUUUUCAAUCGAUCAUUCCAGUAGCACUUAGAAACUAUAAUAGUUUUAAUUUGAGAUCGAGUUGUAAUUUGAUAAACAAGUGAAAGUUCUGUUUGACAAUUGUGGGCAAAAGAAUGAGUUACGCAUCAGCGGCACUUGGGAAAACAUCUUCUGGUAACAGAAAAUUAAAAGAUCUACUGCAGCAACGUGAUAAUCGAACUUGUGCUGAUUGUGGUGCACCUGACCCUAAGUGGGCGUCAGCCAACAUUGGAGUGUUCAUAUGCUUAAAAUGUUGUGGCGUGCACAGAAGUCUCGGUGUUCAUAUUUCAAAGGUUUUAUCAGUGACAUUGGAUGCAUGGACUGAGGGUGAAAUUGAUGCCAUGAUCGAAGUUGGAGGAAAUGCAUCUGCAAAUUCGAUUUAUGAGGCAUAUAUUCCUGAAGGAAUUUUUAAGCCUAAACCAGAUGCAAGUCAAGAGCACCGGUCAAAGUUUAUCAGGUCCAAGUAUGAGCUUCAGGAAUUCAUGAAACCAAGCUUGAGGAUCUUGUCUUCUAACAGUAGCUCUCUGAAAGCGAGUUUUUCAAGAAAGAUUGACAGUAUCCCGAGUGCCAAAGGCAUGGUGGAAUUCAUUGGAGUCUUGAAGAUCACAGUGCAAAAAGGCACUGAUCUUGCUGUUCGAGAUAUGCUAACAAGUGAUCCCUAUGUUGUCCUUACAUUAGGACAUCAGAAGGCCCAAACAAGUGUACGAAAUAGCAACUUGAAUCCAGUUUGGAAUGAGGAGCUUAUGCUUUCUGUUCCACAGAAUUAUGGGCCUGUUAAACUUCAAGUUUUUGAUCACGACACAUUCUCGGCCGAUGACAUAAUGGGGGAAGCUGAGAUCGAUAUUCAGCCGUUGAUAACAUCUGCAAUGGCGUUCGAGGAUGCUGGCAUUUUAGGCAAUAUGCAGAUAGGAAAGUGGCUGAAAUCCUAUGAUAAUGCAUUGUCAGAAGAUAGCAUUGUCCAUAUAAUUGAUGGGAAGGUGACACAAGAGGUUACACUUAAACUUCAAAAUGUCGAAUCUGGAGAAAUCGAUCUACGAGUAGAGUGGAUGCCCCUUGAUCAAUAACUAAGGCUCAGAAACGCUAUGUAUGCAACGUUAUUCUUAUGGUUCAGAUAUAGUUGAUGAUUGUGUUUCAUUACUGGUUUCGAGUUAUGUCUAUAAAGCUUAAUGAUUUAUGAGAAUUCUUUUGAUUGUAUUUAUGAUAUGAUUUAUUGGUUUUAUAUUUAAACUUCAACAUUGCAUUGUACUAACAGAAGUUUUGAAGCUAAGCAGCCAAGUUAGUCAAUGUUUGGCAAA